AUGUUUCCAAAGACCAAAGAAACCGACCAAAGAACCGACCCGCUCGGUUUGCCCCACACUCUCUCUCCCAACCGCCCAACCCCAUCAGGUGUGCAAUGCGGUGGCGGUGGCAGCACUGCUGAACGCCACGCUGUUGCAUUCUUCUCUGCUACCUCCCCUCUCUCCAUCUUUCUCAUCUCUCACCUCCCCCCUUUCUCAUCUUCCACGUUUGCCGACAUCUUUGAUGCGCCAUUCUUCAUCGCGCACCUCGCCCCCUUCCUCCCCAUCGUCCCCACCCUCCCCCCCAACUCCUUCCACGUGCCGCCCAACUACUUCCCUCCGCCGCCCCUUGCUGUCCGCCUGCGCCGCCUCACCCGCCUCUCACUGCACGUGGCGGCUGGGCUAGCCACAGGGCGGCGACCGUUGAUGCCGCCCUAUGUGCUGCUGCCGCCCAAGAUCUCCCCGCCCCAGUGGGCGAGUGCGGACUACUAUGUGGCGCAUGUGGGGCCUGCGCUGAGGGACAUAGGAGCAGUGCGCCUGAACCCAUUCGCCAACCGCCUCUCCUCGCGGGGCCUGCCCCUCUCGCUGCAGCGCCUGCGCUGUCGCUGCAACUUCCACUUGCUGCGCUUCCUCACGCCCAUCCGCACUGCUGCCCUCACCGCCCUCCACCGCCUCUCCGCCCACGCCGCCGCCGCCACUGCCACUGCCGCUCGCUCUGCUCGCUCCUCCAAUGGGCCACCUGUCAGCUCACUGCCUGCCGCUCUCCUGCCCACGCCCACCCACGUGCCGCCUGCCCCCCUGCUGCCGUGGAUCCGCCCCCCAGCACGGCGGCGGGCGCAGGCGGUGUAUGUGGCGGUGCACGUGCGGUUUGAGAAGGACAUGCUGGCGUUCUCACGCUGCUCCUUCUCCUCCUCGCCCGCGCUGCACCGCGACCUGCAGCGGUACCGCACCUUCGCUUGGUCCCGCUUCCACCACUCCCCCGCCGCAGCCGCGUGGGAGUGGCUCAAGGCUGCGCUGGGAUGGGGGGGGCAGGCAGCGGCAGGGCAGGGCAGUAAAGUAGGAUCCAUAGUGGGACGCAACAUGAAGGGCAGCAGUGGCAGCGGGGAGGAGGGGGCAGAGGGCGAAUCAGCGAGAUCAUUGAGGGAGGCGGGGCACUGCCCUCUCUCACCGCUGGAGGUGCUGUCGCGUGCUGCCAUGGCAACAAGGCUGUAUCUGAUUGCCGUGGCGUUGUUCAUGAGGGCGGCGGGCAUAUCACCAGCUGUGCCCGUGUUUGUGGCGUCAGGCGAGCUGUACGGCCCACAGCGCCUCAUGAACGCCUUCACAGCACUCUUCCCGCGCACCCUCACCAAGGCACACCUGCUCUCGCCCGCCCAACUGCGCCCCUUCCAGGUCUCCUUUCCUAAAGCAUCUCAUGAACGCUCCACUUCCCUGUCCCAUUCUCUCCUGCACUCUUCCACUUCUCCGUCUCCCACUCAACCCCUCUACACCCUUCUCACCUGCAACACUCCCAAUUUCCACCUGCGCGCCAUUCAGUUCAGCUGCUGUGAGGACCACGCGUCGCAGCUGGCGGCAAUAGACUACCUGAUAGUGCUGCAUGCACCGCUGGUGGUGCUGUCCCACGGGUCCAACUUCGGGCACGUGGUGACGGGGCAGCGCCGCUACCUGCACGCGGGCCACGCGGGCGUGCUCAAGCCCGACAAGCGCCGCCUCGCCCAGCUCUUCACCCACACUCACCUCAGGUGGGCGUCCUUCCGUGCAUCGGUGCAUGCACUGGUGAGGGCGGGCAGAGAGGCCGAGCACAAGGUGGAGGCGGGGGGACAGGUGGGCGCGGAAGGGGGAGAUGAGAGGAUGGCGGCGAGGGAGCGAGUGGGGAAUGUGACUGUGUUGGAGGUUGCAAGGUGGGGUGUUGGGGAGGGCGGGCAGCAAUUAAGGAUGGAUGAGGGUCGUCAUCAGAAGCAAGAUACUAGUGAAUGGCGGAAGGGGAGAACGGGCAAGGAGAAGGAGAAUGAAAUGUCUCCAUAUGUUAUACCCCAGAGUUUCGAAAUUUUCGCGUCUCUGGUUUAG